AUGUUUUUGAAAAAUAUUAAAAAAGUUUGCUGUCAAAAUUUGCUGUUGACAUCAACAAUUCUAUCGGUAUUCAUCGGCGUUAUUCUUGGUUUUAUCUUAAGAGAAUUUCAACUUUCGAAUGAAAUUUGCUUAUUAAUUAAUUUCCCCGGCGAAAUAUUCAUGCAAGUGCUAAAAAUGAUGAUUCUUCCCCUAAUAUUUUCGUCGCUUACUGCAGCGCAAAUGGACAUAAAACAUUCCGGUCAAAUGGGUUUCGCCACGGUCCUUUAUUAUUCCACCACUGCGCUUUUGUCAACAGUUGUGAGAUUUUAUCUAAACAACAUAGACUAUUGUAAAUUAUUAAAAUUUUCCCGAUUAUUACGAUGUAAUAUUCAUUUUUUUUCUCUGUUAAAAUCAGUUUUCAGGAAUAUGUUUCCAGAAAAUAUCCUCCAAGCGAGUUUUCAACGUGUUCAAACGGUUUACGCUAGUGUUAAACCAACUUUUAAAAAAAUAAGUAAAAAUGCGACUAUUGAAUCACCACCGAAAGUUAUAAAAAGUAUUGAAUUAAUUAGAGGAACGAAUAUACUUGGAUUAAUAGUGUUUUGCACGGGAUUCGGCAUUGUUAUUUCAAAGUUUGGUGAACGAGCCCGAGUCAUCAUAAAUUUUUUCACUAUCUUAGAUGCUGUUAUAACUCGAUGGGUUGAAGCUCUAAUGUGGUUCGCUCCAGUAGGAAUUAUUUGCUUAAUUACUGGCAAUCUUCUUGAACUGGAAGAUUUAAGCGACAUGGCUCAAGUUUUAUUGUUGUAUAUCAUAACUGUAAUUGGCGGACUGACAAUACAUACUUUUGUGGUCAUGCCAGGACUUUAUUUUUUCAUUGUUCGCAAAAACCCGCUCAAACUUAUGCAAAACAUGCUACAAGCAGUUGUUACAGCAUUCGGUACUGGUUCCAGUGGAGCAGCACUGCCAUCAUCAAUGCACUGUCUUGAAGAUGGACUUGGUCUCGAUCGACGAGUAACUCGUUUUGUUUUGCCUUUAGGUACCACCAUCAAUAUGGAUGGGAACGCUUUAUAUGAAGCUAUAGCUGUAAUUUUUAUUGCUCAAUUGAAUGGCGUAUCGCUCACUUUUAUCGCCACUAUAUCAUCUCUUGGAAUGGGUUCGGUACCAGCUGGCCUUGUUGCUAUACUUCUUAUCCUAAAUACUAUUGGUCUGCCUACGAAAGACGUCCCUUUGCUUAUUACUGUUGACUGGUUAUUGGAUCGAAUUCGAACGAUGGUUAAUGUUCUUGGUGAUGGAUUUGUCGCUGGAUCCGUCGCUCAUCUUUUACAUGAGAAGCUUGAAAAAUCUGAUCGACUAAACGAAUAUCGAACUGAAAUCAAGGAAGAAAUUGGUUAA